AUGGAAGAACUCCAAGUACGCGUCCGAGAUCUACAACUUUGUGCUGAUGUGACAACUGGAGUGGAUUCUCUCGGGCAAUUCCAAUUCCACGAUCUCGUACAACUCGAUCAUACUGGAAAUGUCGGAGUUAUCAUUCGUUUGAAGAAGGAGAAUCUUGAAGUUCUUAAUAUGCAUGGAGUAGUGAGCCGAAUAAAACCGCAAGCAAUCAUCGCGAAAAAAGAUGUGAGAUUUGCAAAGGUCCUCGACAGUCAGAACAACUCAAUUGAAGCUAAAGAUCUUGUGAAAGUAAUCAGUGGUUUGAACAUCAAAGAAAGAGAAUCUGAUGAGGAUCCGGUAGGAGAAGUACUUUAUGCAUUCAGAGGAACCGUGUUCAUUUACGCCCGUAAAAUUGCUAAGAACGGAGGAGUUAUGGUCUGUAGACCGAAACAAUUGCUUCUCCAAGGAGCUAAAAAGGCUAACAAUGCUCCAAUGAUAUCUCGAAUGGCCUCUCCUAAUCCGAUGGCAUCUCCACGACAUAGUUCCUCUGGAAUGACGUCCAGCAGCCACGACGGUAUGUCGAGUCGAGGAAGUACUGGCGGUCAGACACCAAGACAGAAUCAGCCUCGACACUUUGGAACUGCUAAUCAACAAAAAGUUCGUCGGGAUUUGACCAUUAUUGGUAAAAAUGUUCGCAUCACAAAAGGCCCUAUGAAAGGACAUUUCGGAAUCGUUCGUGAUGCUACCGAAGAUACAGUUCGAGUUGAACUGCAUGCUCAAUGCAGAACAGUUUCAGUAGACCGAGCACGUAUGAUGGUGGUCGGAGAUACCGGAAUUACAAGUUCAGGAAGUGGCACCUCGUUCUACAAUACCGCUAAGACUCCAAUGCGUGAUUCAAGUAAAACUCCGAUGUACGGUUCAAAGACUCCAAUGUACGGAGCUCAAACUCCAAUGUACGGUGCAAUGACUCCACAUGCUGGAGACAGAACUCCACAUUACGGCGCAAUGACUCCAGCUUAUGGAGGAAGAACUCCAGCAUAUGGAGAUGGAAGUCGUACUCCCGCAUACGGAAGCAAGACACCUGCUUAUGGAGAUCUUGACGAGCAUUCUUCGGCUCGAACUCCUGCAUAUGGAAAUGACAAUGGAAGAACUCCAGCCUAUGGGCAUGAUAGUGGAAGAACUCCAGCUUAUGGAAACAGUGAAAACGGUCGCACUCCUGCAUACGGCGGCUCUACUGAUAGUGGAAGAACUCCUGCAUACGAUCACGACUCUGGAAGGACACCUGGAUAUGAAAGUCUCCCGUCAAGAACACCAAAUUAUGACUCGAGCAAAACACCAUCAUACACUAAUGAUUUUGAUACCCCAACGAGUCCAACAUAUGAUCCUGAGCCAAAUGAACCUUACAAUAAUGCACCAGCAAGAACACCAGCGUUUGAUUCUGGUCGUACUCCAGGUUAUGAAACGUAUGACAGUGGCAGCCCUACUUAUGAUCCAGAACCUACCGGCGAAACUGAAGAUAUUGGGGAUACAUCAUCACCGACCUACGAUUCUCCUCCCCACUCGUAUUCUGUUCCAACUCCAGGUGCUAUGAUAAACCCAGCAACGCCAGGGGCUUAUCACGUUGAUACUCCGGGGCCAUUUGUUGCUCCAAUGACUCCUGGAAGUGGAGGAGCUUACGAUCAGUACGUGGCUCCAUCGCCAUAUAUGGGGGGAGGUUUUGAAGCGAACAACUUCAAUAAUGCGGGAGGCGCGAUUGAGUCCAUUCCUGAACACUUUUUGGUUCAAGGACAUUGGAUUAUGUCGAAUCUUUACGUUGUCAUCAAGGAACAUGACCCCCGGUAUAAUGACCGUGAGGCCAUCGUUCAAAAUGUCAAUGAUGGAAAAGUGGAUAUUUACAUUCCGGACCUCAAAUGUAAUCUGGAAGUAGACUUCGAUCAGCUCUCUCCCACCAGACCUCAGCCGGGAGAUUUCGCUCGUGUUAUCUUCGGACACGAUGGUGGACACAGUGGACAGGUUGUGUCAAUGGAUGGAGUUGAUGCACUCAUUCGGUCACAGUCCGAUAUCUCCGACAUGCGAAGCUGCAACAUUGGACUGUGCUGCAAGAUGCAUGGUGGAGUCUGA